AUGAUCGUGACUGCCAACAACGACAAUCUUCGAGGCGAUAGCUUCAGCUUUUCCAAGAUCGAAGAUGACGAACUUGUGUCACUCCUUACAAGCCCUUUGCUGUCUAUGGAUGGACCAUGUUCGUCUCUUUCUUACCUUCACCUGCCUCCUUUUUCUUUUGACGACCCCUUUGAUGAUCCACGCAUGGAGCCAUCGCCAAUCGAAUCACAAGACGAGGGUACUCACAACGCGCAUCAAAUAAUGCAAUCGUUGUAUGAUAGGAGCAUGCAAUCAUUGUAUGAUACGAGAUUAUUGGUAGAUGAGUCUAUCUUUUCCGAAGAGGACAAUAAGUCAAAUGACACCAGCAAAGUUGGUCCCACCAUUGAUCCCACCAGCAAAGUUGGCUCCAAAACAAGCUUCGGAGAUUUCUUUUCCCAUAACGAUGAGGAACCAUACUGCAGCACCGUUGCGAGCUCCAAGAGAAGCCGCGAAGGCUUCUUCUUAUCCUCCAACCACAACAACCAAGGCAACCAGGAGAACCCAGCAUACAAACGCCAACGAACGACGACGAGCCAUGCUGCGCAGAGCACUUUUGGCGAAGAAAGCACACCUCGCUUUCGCCCUUACCAAGACAAGCAGUGGCGAGCUCAACUCCAAAAGUUAAUCCAAUACAAAAUGAAGAACGGACACUGCUGUGUUCCUCACUCUUACCAAGAAGAUCCCGUCCUCGCACGAUGGGUCAAGAGACAAAGAUAUCAAUACAAGAAGUUCAAUGAUAACAAUCCUACCUCUACGAUGACUACUCGUCGUAUCCAAGAGCUUGAGUCUAUUGGCUUUAUAUGGCAAUCCCAUGCUUCCGCGUGGCAGGAGAAGCUCAAUGAACUCAAGGCCUUCAAGCAACGAACGGGACACUGCAAUGUUCCAUCGGACUACUGCGAAAAUCCUACAUUGGCGACGUGGGUAAAAUGCCAACGUCGUCAAUACAAAUUGUACGCCGCUGGUGCUUCUGCUCCUUCUACAACCGCUAUGACUGUCCAUCGGUUGCAAACGUUGGAAUCCUUGGGUUUUGUGUUUGAACCACAAACUGCAGUCAAAACUUCUAGUAGAUGCAAACACGAUAUAUUUUAA